GAAGAGCCACGGCUGCCCCCUGGUGGUGAAAUAAUAGCACACACACCACAUCCAGGAAGUGAAUGUUUUAAUGUGUGUACCUGAUUCUGUUACCUACUCGUUCAAAACUGACGGUCGCGAGGGACUCGCUUGAUAUGGGACGGUUGUCAAAUAUUACGGAGCUGAGGAGCAGACGGAACAGAGUUGGAACCGCUUCAGUCUACCUAUUUUGACCUCAAGCGGAUGCAGUCUCAACCACCAUGCUGGUCACAGCAUAUCUCGCCAUCAUUUUCCUGCUCGCCCUGUGUGUUGGCCUGGAGCUGACAGCACGCCGCAUCACACCCCCUGAGUCUGCUCCUUCAGCUGUGGCCAACCCAGCUUUCCGGCGUUUCCAGAAAAUCUUCCUGAGGGCUUACCUUUUGGCUCUGUGGGCAGACUGGCUCCAGGGACCCUAUCUCUAUAAACUAUAUCGCCACUACAGCUUCCUGGAGUCCCAAAUAGCCAUUUUGUACGUGUGUGGCCUGGCUUCCUGUGUUUUGUUUGCUCCCUUCUCGGGCUGGCUGCCUCAAGCCUUGGGCCGCAGACAGACCUGCCUUCUCUUCUGCCUGUGCUACUCUGCUUGCUGUCUCACAAAGCUUUCCAGAGACUACUUUGUUUUGAUUGUGGGCCGUAUUUUGGGGGGCCUGUCCACAUCCCUGCUUGCAACCACGUUUGAGGCCUGGUACGUGCAUCAGCAUGUAGAAGUCCACGAUUUUCCGAAGGAAUGGAUUCCCAGCACUUUCACCACAGCUGCUACUUGGAAUCACGGCCUCGCUGUGGGAGCAGGGUUGGUGGCCAAUAUGCUGGCUGAGUGGCUCCACUUGGGCCCAGUGGCUCCAUUUCUUCUGGCUGUGCCCUGUCUGUGCUGCUGUGGCUGGGUGGUGCUAACAGACUGGGGGAAGGAGGAGGCUGAUGGCAGUUCUGAAGGGGACAAAAAGACUCUACUACUUGGUACUCAAAAUGGAGGAGGUCCCCGUUUAACCGCAAAAGGCAGGUUCUCCAGGAGCUGCCACGAAGGGCUGCGUUGCCUGUUAUCCGACAAAAGAGUGCUCCUUUUGGGUGGAGUACAGGCUCUAUUUGAAAGUGUUCUCUACAUCUUUGUUUUUCUAUGGACUCCUGUACUCGACCCUCACGGGCCUCCUUUGGGAAUAGUUUUCUCUUGCCUGAUGGCUGCAAGUAUGGUCGGCUCCUUACUGUACCGCCUCGCCACCUCCACUCACUACCAUCUGCAGCCUGGUCACGUGCUCUGCCUCGCUGUUCUGAUGGCCUUCUUCUCCUUUUUCAUGCUAACUUUCUCGACUGCAGCAGGACAGCCGAGACCACAUGAAUCUUUUUUGGCCUUCCUGCUGCUAGAGUUGGCCUCUGGUCUGUACUUCCCGGCAGUCAGCUUCUUGCAGAGUAGAGUGAUUCCUGAAGAAAAGCGAGCGGGCGUGUUGGCCUGGUUCCGGUUGCCAUUACACCUUCUGGCCUGCCUGGGACUCCUGGCGCUCCACGGGGAGGUAUCGGGAACGGGUGGAGGAGAAGGCGGUGGCGGCACGAGACACAUGUUUGGAGGCUGUGCCGUCAUGAUGCUGGCAGCACUGAUGGCUGUCGUUAGUCUUUUCACUCUGGGUAGAAACGAUGCCGACCUCAGACUUGAAGGAACUAGAGGAGACGGGGAGAUGUUUUAAGAACUGGAAACACCUUUGACUCCACAGUUUAGGAUGCCACAUUUUGUUGAUAGAACUUAAAAGAAAAUGUGUUCGGUAAGUUCAUACGUUUGCCAAAUGAAGGAGAUUGACAACCUAAAUAAGGCUAGUUUACAACUUUUGUCACAUCAUUUGUUACCUUUUGGUUCUUUAUUUAAGAAAACACCUAUAAAUGUUGUCAAACAAAAUACUUUGGAUUUGACAAAUUUUCCUGGAAAUUUGUCAAAUCUUUCAAACCAUUCCAGGCUGAAUGUAUGGAGAUGGUGUUAUUAAUGGGAUGCAGUUCAUUUAUUUUCUUCUAAGCAAUCAGUUCAGGUGCCCAUUUUAAUUUAAAGAAUGAUCCCAUAAAUCCUUCACUUCAAUAUAUUUUAUUUUAGUUGUUUCAAGUGUCUUACGAUCAUUUAGGUCAGAUUUUCUUUGGAUUUUUUUUUUCUUCUUCAACUUGAGGAUAUAUUGUGCGUUAUGCUAGUAGCAAACAUGUUCAUCACACUUUUAAUAAAUAUGCACCUACCUGUUAAAAAGGUGAAUUUGUUUUCUGGA